CUUAUCCACUGAAGUUCUAACGCUGUUUCAGAUACAAAGAAGUGCGUGUUGAUUUUUUUUUUUUUAUUCCCCAUCUAGAUUUCCACUGCGAGAGGAUGGGACUCCCAGAGUUGUGCUGACCUUGAGUGGUGUUUGUCUGACCAAACAGCCACCUUUUGAUCAACAUGCAAGGUUUCUACUCCAAGCUAGACUCGUCCCCCCUUCAGGGCGUAGGCCUGGGGAGUGAGGGCACCCCGGUGCCCCUCAGCCUUGCCGUGGAAACCGAGAAGGCCCGAGCCCUGUUGCAGACCUUCAGCUCCGCCUCCUUGCUGGCGUCGGCAGGCCUGGGCGCGUUCUGCGUGGCGGCUGACCACGUCCUUCAGCUUCCGCUCAUCCAGCACCACCUGUGGCUGCGAGCCAUCCUGGACAAUGGCACGCAUGCCAUCGUAGGGCUGUGGUCCUGGGCAGUUGUGAUUGGGCUGAGAAAGAAGAGUGACGUCUACGAGGUACUGCUGGCCGGUCUUCUGGCGUCCAUCAUUGACUUGGACCACUUUUACAUGGCUGGCUCGCUGUCACUCAAGGCUGCUGUCUCCCUGCCUCAGCGUCCUCCCCUCCACUGCUCCACGCUCAUCCCUGUCCUUUGUCUGUCUCUCCGCUUCUUCAUGUGGCUCGGACGCCUAAAAGACGCCUGGUGCUCGUUGCCGUGGUUGCUGUUCAUUUCGAUGGUGACGCACCACAUGCGGGACGCCGUGCGCCGCGGUCUGUGGGUGUGUCCGUUCGGGAACACGAUGCCACUCCCUUACUGGCUCUAUGUCAGCACCACAGCGACACUCCCUCACUUGUGCUCUGUGCUCAUGUACCUGACUGGAACCAGAGACGUCAUUUCAACCAAACACGGGGUCGCUAUCGAUGUGUAAACCCCGUUAGGGUGGACUAAGUCCAAACGGUGAGGUCGAUCAAAGGAAGAAAAUAUGUGCCAAUCAAAGGAACCUUUACUUUCCUAUCUGAAACACCCCUGUUGGUCAUCCGUGUGUCCUCACCUUUAGUGAUAUUUAUUCAGUAGUAAGUUACUGUACAUUAUAACUACACUCUCACAAAUAUUUAAAAAAAAAAUCUUUUAAAAUGUUUGCCUUUCUUCGGCAGAUGCUUCUUUGUAGUUAACGUAAAAAAAAGUUUGAGUUUUCAUAUUUAAGCCAUUUUUAUUUAAAAAAUGUUCAAAUCGAAAUGUGAAACUAUGCUAUUUGCUAUUUAUUGUUACACCAUUGAAAAAAAUAUUAACCUACAACACUGAUUCCCGAUCCCCUCUCCUCAUAACUUAAAUUAUAUAUACAAUUAUUUAUUCAAAGACUGUUGGAACAGUGUUUGAAAGUAACCUAAUUUUGUCCUGAGCCAAUCCUGAAAGAUGUUUUAUGCCAAAAGGGCUUUUGUUAGUUGUCCACUAGAUGGCGACAAGUAACCUAUGGUUGCACUAGACGUUUCUUUUGACAUUUUGAAGAUUUCCCUAUCCAGUUCUUUUCACGCUUUUUGUUGUAUUUUUCCAUUGUGAUCAGAUGCCCUUUUUGUUACUGAAUUGUUUAUCAUAAUUAACUAGUACUUCUCACUGCUGUCUUUUUAAUUGUUUAAACAUUUUGGUUUGCACUUUUUUAUACAUAUAUUGAUGUCACACUUGCUUGUAUAGAUAUGGUUAAGCCGGCACAUGCAUUGCAACCUGAAGCACUGUUUUCCAGAAAUGUUUCUUUUCGAGGCUCUUAUUGUUUUCAGUCAUGCACACAAAAACCUAUUUUGCACAUUAAGUUUGUUUGAAUUUGUUGUGACUGCAUAACGAUAAAAGUUUAGUUAUAUGGGAAAAUUGUGAAGUAAUCCACCAUUUUGAUUCAAUAAACAACAUUCUUAAGAAUUAUAUGGAAAGUACUGUAAAGCUGCUGAUGUGAUAAAAUAGUCUUUAUUUUUUUACAGAAACAUAGGACAGGAAAAGAAUAACAGCUUAUGGUUAUAUCUGGCAAACAUGAAGCGGGGGAGGGGGCUUGCAUACACCUUAGGGUCGGAACCUAAGUGCAAAAGCAUCAGGCUCCUGGUAUCACAUAAAGAGGAAACACAAGGUCAACAAAUGACUCACAUGGAAUUAUGAACAGUCACUAAUACUGCACUUUGCCCAACGAACCUAUAAUUGUAUUACAAAAUGUGUCCUAACAAGGGAAAACUUAGUGUUUAUAGUUUUAUUAUACUGUGAUAAAUGUGUGAUGAACAACGAAUGCAGGUCACAAUUUUGUUAAAUCAGUGCCCAAAAAAUUGGAAAUAGCAGAACAAUUGCAAGAUUCUAAACCGAUGUGAAAUGUAAAGAUGUGAUUCAAAAUGUAAUCAAAAUGGGCAAAUAGUGUUUGGAAAAGAUUCAUGAUUCUUGUCCCCAUAUAUACUGUAUGUAUACACAUAUACAUAAAUUACUGUGUAUAGGACCUUAAUGACUGCAAAGAAUGCAAGAACAUUGAAACAACCGAAAAGCUUCAGAACACUGAGCAGGACAAACCCAACAAUGCUGGGAAGAUAGUGAUACAGAUUAUACUCAGGGAUGUUUUUUGAUAUAAAACAUGUCAAAUUCUGUUUUUAUUUCAAAUAUUUUCUGCCAAUUAUUUAGUAUGAUUUGUUUAUCAUUUUAAAUAUCUGAAAUCUAAUCAAGCAACAACUAACAUAACUGAGUUAAGCUGUAAUUCCAAACUAGUUAUGAACAUAAUAUGCAGGAAAUCUGUUUCAUUACAUACAUGAUAUACAAUAACAUUAAAAAAAAAAAAAAAAAAAAA